UUUUCCAAUCGACCGAAAAAAAGAAGAAAGGAUUUUAAUUAAUUAAAAGAAUUUGAAAAUUCUGAAGCCUAAGACGGGGAAGAUGUGAUUUUGGUGGAGCAAAGGGUUGAUGAAGAAACUCAGUCUACAACAGUUUUUGAAGCUGCUUUUUUCUCUCUUAAUCCAAUGGAGAUUCACUUCCACUAGUGUGUUCCUUCGUAUUACUACUUUCAAGUUUCAAAAACUUCUUCCUUGAAUUUUCCGGAGUAGCUUUCGGCUUAUUAUUAUUAUUAUUAUUAUUAUUUUCUUUUCCUUCUUUGCUUGAAAUGUCGGGUCGGGUUGAUGGAGGAAGGGAUCGUUAUCGAAAAGAUUAUACGUCGAGGUUUGACGAGAAGCCACAGUCUGGCCAUAGCAAUAGCAGCAAUCCUCCCUCGAGACAUCUUUGGGUUGGAAAUUUGGCUCAUGUUGUAGUUGAGCGUGAUCUUAGCCGCUACUUUUCACAGUUUGGAGAGCUUGACAGUAUUGCUUUCCAGCCCAGUAGGAGCUAUGCUUUCGUCAAUUUCAAAAGGGAUGAAGAUGCAAUGGCUGCCAUGAGAGAGCUUCAAGGUUUUUCUCUUGGAGGGAAUCCCAUUAAAAUUGAGUUUACCAAGGCGGAUAAGCCGUCUGCAUCUUCACGUGAUGAAGACUAUUCUCAACAUCGAGAGGAAAAAUAUUAUGGAGCAAGGGGUUCUUUCUCACAAGGACGACAUGUUAGUCCUGAUCAGUUUUAUCCUGAAAAGUCCAAAAUGAGUGAUAAAAAUACAGAGCCCAGUGAAGUGUUAUGGAUAGGGUUUCCAGCAUUGUUAAAAGUGGAUGAAAUGAUAUUAAGGAAAGCCUUUUCACCGUUUGGGGAAAUUGAUAAGAUUACAACAUUCCCUGGGCGGACAUAUGCUUUCGUUCGUUUUCGAGGUGUGACAUCAGCUUGGAGGGCUAAAGAGACUCUACAGGGAAAGCUAUUUGGAAAUCCCCGAGUACAUAUUUGUUUUGCAAAAAAUGAUUCUGGUUCAUCAAACGGUGGAAGGAGCUCAAUAAAUGCACCUCUUUCUCCAAGAUCUCCUCACCUUUUCUCAAACAUGGAUUCUGGAGAUUUUGAUUCCCGUGGUUUGAAUAGGAAAAGUAAUUUAUGGACUAGUGGGAACAAUGUGUUUGAAAUGAAGAGGUCUGGAGAAAUUUCAUCAAAAUUAGGUCCAUCCCUAGAUAGGUAUGAACAUGGUAGUCCAACAAAAGAAAGAGGUCCUCCUUUAAAUAACUUUCCUCAGAGAUUUCCUCAACCUAGUCCAUUUUAUGACGAUCCAUGGGACUUGCCAGAGGAUAUGAACUUGUAUCAUGGGUCCAAGAAAUUGAAGACUGGACCCUUUCCCCAAGAUAAAGAGCUCCCUGAGUACCCAUUAUCUGAUUUGGAACAAGAUAAACGUAUUAUUCCAAAGUUAUAUCCUGACUUUCCCCCAUCAGAAACCUUUGAUAAAAAGAUGAAGUCUGGGCUACCUCUAGGGUAUAAACAGACUCCAGAUCGGCCUAUAACAAUGCCCGUAUCUUAUGGAGAAAAGAGUGAACAUUGGAGGGAACCAUAUGAUAAUUUUCAGGAUCCUGAUUUUCUGCCACCCAAUGAUGUUGCAAGGAAACGGUUCUCUCCUGAUUCAGAACAGUCAUCUGUAAAAGAGUGGAAAUGGGAAGGAACAAUUGCAAAGGGUGGAACACCUGUUUGUCGUGCUCGCUGUUUUCCUGUGGGAAAGGUUCUGGAUUUACUGUUGCCAGAGUUCUUGGAUUGUACUGCAAGAACUGGUCUAGACAUGCUUUCGAAGCAUUACUAUGAAGCAGCUAGUGCUUGGGUUGUUUUCUUUGUACCUCAAAGUGAUUCUGACAUCGUGUUCUACAACGAAUUCAUGCACUAUCUUGGUGAAAAGCAAAGAGCAGCCGUUUCGAAGUUGGAUGAUAGAACUACCUUGUUUCUUGUACCACCAUCGGAGUUCUCAGAAAAAGUGCUCAAAGUACCGGGUAAAUUGAGCAUUUCAGGAGUAGUUUUGAGGUUAGAGCGUCCCGGUGCCAUUGCAAGACCUCCCCCUUAUCAAAAUGAAACAAAAGAUGCAAACUUGUUACCUUUACAUAGUGAAACAUUAUAUACAAAAUUACCUACGCCUCCAGCCAGGUUUGGCCCUGUAUCACCUUUAUCAGAUUUCAGUAAAUCAGGGAUCAAUAGUACACCCUUGCCGAGGAAUGUUGCUACUUCAGCUUCACCUGUGUUAUUUCAUGGUUCGGCCCAAUCUGCUGGAAGUUUGUCUGACCAAUAUGUUGACAACAGGCAUGAGUAUCCAAUUCAACAACAACAAAAUGCCAUGGGACCAAACGCGACUUCUCACCAUCUACAGAAUUCAAUGUUGGAUAUUCGAAAUAUUCACCCACAACCUUCCAACAAUUCAAUGGAUCCUGCAAUUCAAGAACGUCAUUUAGUCGAUCUGAGGGAAAUUCGGGAAACAGGUUCCAGUAAUUAUGCUUUAUCAACUCAACAAGAAAUGAAGCCAGCGGCAUCUUUAGCUACGACUCUUUCCUCCCUACCGCCCGACCAACUGGCACAAUUAGCAUCUUCUCUACUUGGGCAGCAAAGGCAGCCGGCAAAUAUGUCGAUUGCAACUAUGACUGAAGAAUUGAGGCAGCGAAACUCAGUCAAUGAAUCUGUUGUGCCAUUGUCAAGGUACCCAAAUGUACAUUUCCAGAAUAAUCUGAUGAACUCUGAGCCUCAGACAUCCCAAAUUGUUCAAGUUCCACAGAUACAACAUGUACAACAGCACCAGAUGUUGAACGCGACUGGUGGACAGCUUAUGGCACAAAGAGAGGUUCAGUCUGAGGCUCUAGGCAAUAAUCACCAACAAGUUCAAAACUCUGAUGUGCGUGGCGAAGCAGAAGCGGAUCCACAGAAACGCCUUCAAGCUACGCUGCAGCUGGCAGCAGCUCUUCUUCAACAAAUUCAACAAGGAAAAGGAAAUUGACCAAUCUUGCUUAAUCACGUGAAACAAGCUAAUGUGGAGUUUCAAAACAAUGGGAUAGUCAUCCUACAGAUGAUGUGAAGGAAUUAACCGAUUCUAAAAGGGAACUAACGCAUCAUUAGCCACUUGUCAACGGUAAUAUUUGUCAUCCUAAAUAACAAGUCUUGUUUUCUUAUGUUCAUUUUCUUUUAACUUGUUUAUAAGAUAUGUUGAUUAGUCGGUAGUUAGUUAGUAGCCAACAGCUGCUGCUCUGAUGCUAUUAGAAACAGGAGGCAUUUAUGAUGGUAUUGCUAUUUUGUUUUUUUAUCCCCAUCUUGAAAUUUUGUUGGUCUUUGUUUUUUUUCCUUAUUUACCAUCACUUGAAAGUUCCA